AUGUCGACCGCCGGAAGACGCGCUCCCAAGCGCAGGGCCGCGGGGCGCAACGAAGCCGGCUCUCCCCCUCCCCCCAGUAGCACCGACGAGGCCCCUUCCGGGACGCGACGCAGCAAACGUCUGGGACAUGUCGGGAUCGAAGAGAUUCGGGACUUUGAGGCUCUGAGGGUACGCAAGCGGCAACGGAGUCGGAAGCCCGACGAAGAAGAGGGUCGGCUCAAUGGCGACGAGGGCCGACUUGUCGAGGAAGACCGCCAGAGCAAUAACGGGGCGGAAGAGGCAGAGGACGCGGAGGCUCAAGAAGAGGCAGACAUGGCAGAUGCUGCAGACGAAGCAGAGGAUCAGAACGAGGCAGACGAUCAAAACGAGGCAGACGAUCAACACGAGGUAGACAGUCAACACGAGGUAGACAAUGCAGAGGAAGCACACGAUCAAGACGACGGCGAACAUGCCGCCAAUCCGAGGGAAUUGCAGGUGCCGGCCGCUCCAAGAGCCACGGUUAAACCCCAUCAACGAAAGACCAAUACGAGUCUCCGAGUGGACACACUUCGAAAGGUUGCAAAGAGCACCAAUCGAAAACAUGGCCGCCGUUCUGCUGGCGGUCCAAGCAGAGAAUCCGGCACAACGAGAGCAGCUGCCGGAACCCCACGUCGGAAGAGUCGCCCAGGACAGGGUACGCUUGGAGACGGCGAUGCUGCGGCCGAGACCGAGCCCGUCAAAGACAUUUACGAAUUCGAGGCCACCUCGCCAAGACGCGAGCCGGAGAGAGCGAUGUCAGAUGCACACCGAAUGGCCAGAGUGUCCGCGAGGUCGGACUUGGUAACCGGCAACGGCCUCUUUGUCGAGCAAGAUGUGGAUGAUGCAGAUAUGGGCGAUGCAGAAGAGGACGAUGCAGAAGAGGACGAUGCGGAAGGGGACGACGCAGAAGAGGAUGGCGCAGACGGUGACGGUGACGAGCAGUUGUACGACGACCCGACCAUCGUAGGACUACCGACCUCAGCGCAAGAGAAGGCUCGGGCUGAUACAGGUGCUGCCCACGAGACCGAGCCGCCGUCGAGCGCAGCAACCGAACAAGUCCGGCGCCUCCUUGUUGAUAUGGGUCCGACCACCGUCGAAAGACACCCAGACGAGGUCGAUAACACAUACCCGGACGACCAUUUCAUCUUCAAUGCGCCCGAGGGACAGGAUCGAGUAGCCGCGGCGCCAAUCAAGUCGUAUUCCCUGAAGAGCAUCACCGAGCUGAUGGGCGGAACCGGGUGGACACAGACCCGGCGAGAUAUCACUUUGACGACCGGCAAGGAACAGCUCUCGAAACGAACACGCACUCUGUGGAACGAGCUCUGCCAGCUGAACGAUUUCUGGGAAGAAAUGCCACGGGCGCCUCUGUACGAGCAGCAAUGCGACUACUUGCAUGCGGACAAUGAAGAGGCGUCCAGCGCGAGGCAUAGCAUCACAACCGUCGACCAACUGGUUCGCGCGGUGGUGGAGAAGGCGAUGAAGCCCAGCCACGGCGAGGAAUCAGACAUGCCGCCGUCACGGUUUGUGAUCGACUUGCCCGAAAGGAUCAUUCCGCUGCUCGUGGACACGCUCGAAACAGUGUUCCGCAAGGGAGCCGACGUCGAGAGAACCCGGUAUUCUGGCAAGUUCACCAAAACACUGCUGCACAUCAUGCAGAGGGUGGUCGCCUGGACAGAGAAACUAUACGUGGCGAUGCAGGUACACCUCGCAAGAAGGAGGCUGAAGGAGCAGCCGCUGUCGAAGAGAACCAGCCGAGGCAAGCUGGGCGAGUAUCUGCAGGACUUCAAGUCGGAGCUCAAGCAGACCUGGACCAAGACGAGCGAGGCGAUCAAGCGCGAAAAGCUCUACGAUGAGAGGCUACAGCUGAUGAGAGACAGAAAGGAGCGGGAGAAACGGGAGAUUGGGGAGGCACGGCGACGGCAACGGGAGCUAUGCGACAUGCGCAUACAGGAGCGCAUGAGGCGUGUUACUUUACAACCGCGCCAGGGAGAAGCACCUGCUUCGCAGCGGCCUAUGCCGCAACUUGUGUCUUCCCAAGGCCCGUCUUCGCAAGGUCCGUCUACGCAGCAGGCAAGCCAAGGGACGCAACGGCCGUCGACGGAGGCGACCCAAAGCCAGCAGCAGCAGCAGCAGCAGCAGGGCGAGGCGGCGAUUGCCGAACCGAGCAGUCCGUGGCCUGAAGAGGAUGUCAAGAAGCUCCUGCGGAUGCUGACGACGAGGUCGCAGACGCAGAUGGAGGCGCUGGUGUGGGAGUUCUCGCGCAAUGAGAGGGACGUCGGGGCGAUGGUGGAUCUGCUGAAGCAGAGCGCCAGGACCUACGCGGCGGCGAAGGGCAGAGAUGUUCCGGCGUUUGCCGCUCUCUGA